AUGGAGAGCAAAAUCAACGUCGGCCCCGCUUCCGUGAUUGCGUCGUCUGGGCCAACACUUGGCCGCCACAUCGCUCAUAGGCUCGUCGAGAUCGGUAUCACCGAUGUCUUCUCCGUCCCCGGUGAUUUCAACCUAAUCCUUCUCGACCACCUCAUUGCCCAGCCUGGCCUCAACCUUAUUGGCUGCUGUAAUGAGCUCAAUGCUGGGUACGCUGCAGAUGGUUAUGCCCGCUCCCGUGGCGUUGGGGCUUGUGUUGUCACCUUCACCGUUGGUGGUCUCAGUGUCAUCAACGCCAUCGCCGGGGCUUAUAGCGAGAAUCUUCCCGUCAUUUGCAUCGUCGGAGGCCCCAACUCUAACGACUACGGCACCAACAGAAUUAUCCAUCAUACCAUUGGCUUGCCGGAUUUCAGCCAAGAACUUCGAUGUUUCCAGACUGUCACCUGCUACCAGGCAGUAGUGAAUAACUUGGAAGAUUCUCACGAACUGAUCGAUAAAGCCAUAUCCACGGCUUUGAAAGAAAGCAAACCUGUUUAUAUUAGCGUCAGCUGCAACUUGACGGCAAUCCCCUAUCCUACUUUUCGUCGUGAUCCCAUCCCAUUCUCCCUGACACCCAGAUUGAGUAAUAAAAUGGGUCUACAAACAGCAGUUGAAGCCGCGGUGGAGUUCUUGAACAAGGCAGUAAAGCCCGUCAUGGUGGGGGGGCCGAAGCUCCGGGUGGCUAAGGCUACUGAUGCCUUUGUUGAACUUGCGGAUGCCUGUGGUUAUGCUAUUGCCGUGAUGCCUUCUGCUAAAGGGCUUGUACCAGAGCACCACCCUCGGUUCAUUGGUACUUACUGGGGUGCCGUGAGCACCAGCUUCUGCGCUGAGAUUGUGGAAUCGGCAGAUGCUUACCUAUUUGCAGGCCCCAUUUUCAAUGACUUUAGUUCAGUUGGGUAUUCGCUGCUCCUCAAGAAGGAGAAGUCGAUCGUUGUUCAACCUGAUCGGGUUAUUAUUGGUAAUGGCCCUGCUUUUGGGUGCAUUAUGAUGAAGGAUUUCCUUCUGGAACUCGCACAGAAGCUAACACGCAACACAACGGCAUACGACAACUACCACCGGAUCUUUGUGCCACAUGGCCAACCUGCCGAAUGUGAGCCCCAAAAGCCUUUGCGGGUUAACCUUCUGUUCAAGCACAUACAGGAAAUGCUGUCAAGUGACACGACGGUGAUUGCAGAGACAGGAGACUCCUGGUUUAACUGCCAAAAACUCAAGUUGCCGGAGGGCUGCGGGUAUGAGUUCCAGAUGCAAUAUGGAUCCAUUGGAUGGUCUGUGGGAGCAACCCUCGGUUAUGCACAGGCUGUGCCCAACAAGCGAGUAAUUGCUUGCAUAGGUGACGGAAGCUUCCAGAUGACAGCACAGGACGUGUCGACAAUGCUGCGUUGUGGGCAGAAAAGUAUCAUCUUCGUCAUAAACAACGGAGGGUACACCAUAGAGGUUGAGAUCCACGACGGUCCCUACAAUGUUAUCAAGAACUGGGACUACACCGGACUUAUUGAUGCAAUCCAUAACGGUGAAGGGAAUUGCUGGACAUCUAAGGUUCGAUAUGAAGAGGAGCUUGUGGAAGCGAUCAAGACGGCGACGGGAGAUAAGAAGGAUUGUUUGUGCUUCAUAGAGGUAAUUGUGCACAAAGAUGAUACAAGCAAAGAGUUGCUUGAAUGGGGAUCAAGGGUCGCUUCAGCAAACGGCCGUCAUCCCAACCCUCAGUAG